CAACAACUCGCCGCGGCACGCCGCGCCGUGUCAGGAACUCAGAUGGGAAGCGAGCACAGCGUCUUCCUUCCGCCGUGGGAGGCGGAGACCGAGGCGGAGAAGGCGCGCGCCGACGACUUUCGCGCCGCCGUCAAGUCGCUCUCCAACUCGACGGCAAACUUCCUCGUGCCGCACGUGCUAAGCUCUGACCCAGCAUUCACGUGGGACUGGGUAGAGCACCGGCCGUUCGCAGAGGCGGCGUACCAGAGCGACGAGCGUCUGACGAAGCUAAUACCUCGCCUCGUCCCUUCCCGCAUCUCUGAGGAGGACUUUUGGCGAAACUACUUUUCGCACGUCUUUGCUGUCAAGCGCCGCUUCGAGGCCGAGGCUGCGGCGCCCGAACCGAGCGACGUUGCGCCGAGCUGCAGCAGCGCGGCAAGCGGCGCUGGCGUGCG